AUGAAGCGACAUGCUGCAGCAGUAUUUGUACAUGACGGUACGGAAAGUGACAGUGAUGGAAUAGAUGAUGAUAACCAUUCAAAACGAUCUCGAAAGGAUGAAUUGAUUCUGGAAAUCGAAGGUUCUGAUAUCAAGACUCAUGAGGACGGAAUCAGGAAAAUUAAAGACAAUACUACUUUAGUAAUUCCGCUGAUUCGACAAAAUGUUUGGAGAACCAAGGAAUCUCUGACUGCAACAAACAAUUCAUUGGACUGCAUCAAAACUCCUGAACCCGAGGCAUCUCGUCCAUUAUUUCCAUCAGAGCAACAGCUAGGAUUUGGAUUACAGGUCAUGGAAAAGGUUGCAAUGUCGACUACAAACAAUGCAUCGGAUCUGCCAAUGGAAGUAGAUCAAAAUGUUGAGCCCAGUCCAAAAUUGUCGAUUCAGGAACAAGCUCUCAAAGAAAUAAUGGACGAGGCAGAUGGGAAAAAACCAGUCUCUGAAUCCAUGCAGAUUCAUAUACCCAUCUUGGCACAAAAUGCCGUUCCAGGUGCUGCAAAUCUACAAUCAGAUCUGGAGAAAUAUCGACAUGAUAUUGCACUUCGUCCAGAUGAGUGUACGCUGGAUGAUUAUAAACGUGUGCCCAUUGAUAAUUUUGGAGAGGCAAUGCUGCGUGGAAUGGGCUGGUCCGAUGGUAAAGCUAUUGGGAAAAAUUCAAAUGGGCUGCUAACUCCUGUUGUGGUAAAACCACGACCACAUUUGCUUGGCCUAGGAGCAACUCCUGCUCCAAUUCUAGAACAUAAACAGAAAAAAUACAUUCGUCCUGGCGAAAAGCGACUGCCUGAUCCUUUAGCAGAGCCCGAGAUUGUCAAAUCUACCAACGUCCCAAGAGAACGAAAAAAUAGCUCUCAUGACAAAGUUGGAAACACCUCGUCAUCACAUAAAGAUGGAAUUUCUGCAGAUACCAUGGUACAAAUAAACGACGGGAGAUAUUCAGGAUUAAAGGGAAGCGUUGUUGAAGUCAAAGAGAAACCGUCAGGGCAUGUAGUCAAGGUUAAAUUAACAAAGAGCCAAGAAAUAGUACGUGUAUGGAAAGAUCAAGUGUCUGUAGUAAAAACAAGCUCGCACUCUUUCCGACACUCUGAUCAAAACACUAUCUCAUGGCUAAAAACCCAUAUUCGUGUACGAAUUAUAAGCAAAUCGUAUCGAAAAGGACGAUUCUAUAACUGCAAGGCAGUGAUUGAUGAUGUACUUGGAAAGGAAGAAUGUGUCGUACGUGUAGAUGGCACUGGAGAGCUUUUGGAUGAUAUCUGUCAGCGUCAUUUGGAAACCUAUAUUCCAAGUACAGGAAAACGUGUUUUGAUUGUAGCGUACAAGGAUCCCUCUUUUAAAGGAGCGGUUGCGACACUUUUGGAGAAACAAAAUGAUAAAAAUCUAGCCAUUGUGCAAUUAGAAAGAGAUUUUUCAAUCGAGGUAAUAGCAUUUGUAUUGACAGGCUACUUUUUAUAUACAAAACUGCUAAUUUGA